CAGUCCGCUGAAAUGCGGCUCUGCUUAAGGUGCAGUAACGAGAGAAGAUCUGGGCGCGCAUCUGCUGUAUCUUCUCUCUGCAAUGCUGUCAGGCCGCUAUGUGUGCUGGUGCUGCGCCUCCUCCAGGCUCGUCCCGUCACCAGGAGCAGUGCAGUCGAGGCGACACCAAUCCUGCAGUGAGCACGGCUCAUGGAUAAGGAAACGGAUGGAUGCACACCGCAUCUCUCUCUUUUCUGUUUGGUCAGAUACCCGUCGACUCCUCCCGGCCAUGAUUAUAUGAGCGUAGUAAGCGUCGCCCGGCCCGCUGACAUCCACAUGUGUGUCUGAAUGCUCCUCCUUCCUGCCCGUAGGAUGAAGCGCUCAGCCGCAUCGGCCACAAUCUUCCUUUGGACCUCAGGGCCGCCCUCAGCCGGGGCAACAAUGCCACGACUGUCACAGUCCCCCUCUCCUCAUCCCUGGCCGCCAUCAACACCACAGCCACAGCCACAGCUACAGCCACAUCCACAUCAAAUGGCACCCUCAGAGAUAUCGCAGUCGGGUCCCCUUUGGCUUUCAUCGAGAGAGUGCCGACAGGCCACGGCCAGGGUGUGUCGGGCGUCACUAGUGUGGAGCUAACGGGGUCGUUCAGAUCUGACCCCUCAUCUUCUGCCGGUGAUGGCGGCAUAGCGGCGUUGAGCGGGGCUGCCCGCAUGGCCAACCCUAAAGAGGCGCUGCAGAACCUGAAUGAUAUUAUUGAACGGACGCAGAGGGGGCUUGACGAGGCGUCGGUCAUGUGCGCGUCCGAGACAGAGACGGCGGAACGCCUCUAUGAAGAGCAGGACAGGUGAGCGUCCGCGUGCAGAUGAACUGUGUCGACCGAUCCUUGUUGCAUUCAGGGAGCUGACCCGGCUCUCUUCGACUUUGGCUGACGCUGAGGCUCGCCUGGCGCAGUCCAAUGCGAACACUCACCGCGGGAAGGCACAAAUACAGGAGCUGCAGCUGCACCUGCACGACUUUCAAAAGGUAUGUAUGGUAUGCGUAUCUUGUGUAGUGUGCGCCAUGCACGCACACAAACGCGCAACACACUUCGGUGCUUGUGGCUGGCUUGCUGUUUGUAGAGUUGUCAGCUGUCAAAGGCGGAGAACACCCGGAAGCUCAACGACCUCAGAGACGACCUGGCCGUAAGCUAACCGACAUGAAACACCUCCAAGAGGGCUGUUGCUCCUUUGCUGUUCCUCCCGUCUGCAGAAGGCGAAACACGCUGUCGGUCUGAGCGGCUGCAAGAGGAAGAAUACUGGCUCAGCCGCGUCUCUUCUCCAGUGCCACUCGCCAUCCGGCAAGGCAUUCCUCGCCCUGGACGCCAACACAAUACAAGCCCACCUACGGGAACUCAAGACACCACACGCACUGCAAAGCCUGCAAAGGGCCCUCGUCCAAACGGGCAGGUUGCUCGUCAUGCCGACUGCUCCGGGCAGACGGACUGGGCAGCUGCGUCGGCAACAAGGCGGUCGUCAGCGCGGCCAUGCGUUCGUCAGCCGGCACAACGUGUCUCUACAUCUCCAUUCCCAGCAUAGACAUUACCACAGGAGGCACAGACGGCACGGCAGGGGCAGAGGACGAUGGCGCUUGUACCGGAGACACAGACACCGGCACCACCGUCUCCAUCACCACCGAGCCGGGCGUCACAUCCACCAACUCGCCGACCAGACCAGCAGCAACAAUACGGCAGAUGCCGUGUCUGUGUCUCGGUCGACGGUGCUUGUGUCUCGGGCUGCCGAGGCGAACGAUACAACGGCCCCUGAGGGCCCAGUGAAGAGCGGGGCUGUACAAGUGGACUUGGAGGGGUACAUGAAGAAGUGCGUCGUGGUUGGAACACCCGACUGUGGGCAGUUCAAUGACAACAUGGCAUACAUGGUGGGUGGCGGGCGGUGGGGGGGAGUGGUGGGCAACAGGCUGCUGAAUGAGCAUUGUGCGUGUGUCUGUGUCUGUGUCUGUCUGUGUCAGAUUGGAUCGAUCGAGGCAGCCGCGAUGGAGCUGCAGGCCCAGAUGAACGAGGAGGCCAACAACUGCCGAAAGGCCAGGUAAGUGACAAGCCGCUUGGACACACACAAAGCUCAUAAGCUCAUACACACACAUUGCUCGCAUCUGUAUUUCUCAGGACCCGUUACAAUGAGGAGAUAGAAGACUGGUCGGUCACAGUGGGCAACCUCGAAGCAGAGCUCGCCAGUAAGUGAAAUCGCGCGCCAACCACCCCCAGCCCCCACCCUGCUGCCCUCCAUCUGGUGUUCCAGAAAUCGUGGCUGAGCUGAAGACCCUCCGAAGACAAGUUCGCGAUAAAGAGUAAGGACACACAUAUGGCGAGCGGGCCGCGGACAAUGGUUUGCCCUCUCCCAGGUUGAUGGUGGCCACGCAGCGGCGACAGAAGGACGUGACGGCGAGGUCCUGCUCAGCCGACAUCAAGAAGGCGCUCGAGGAAAUAUGCGGCGCCAGAAGGUACACAUGAACAACAACACACGCCGUCUGAGAGAUUUCUCUCUGCAUCGCAACCACAAUGCCCGCAUAUCUGUCAGGUUACGCAAAGAGGUGGCCAUGCUGUCGGGAGACAACACGCUUCCAUCGCGCUUCCAAGACGGCCAGGUGUCCCAUUAUUCAAUCAUCGUGUGCCUAUGUCCAUGCUCACUGCGGCUGCGGCUCUCUCAGGUCGGCAACUGGACGGUGGGCCCGUGUUCGAAGUCCUGCAAAACCGACAGCAGUGACUCACCAGGCCAGCAGGUGCUCACCAGGGUUGUCGUCGCGCCGGCCGGCCCCAUGAGCGCCAAGUGUCCGCAGCUGGAGCUGAGGAAGCCAUGCAAUGACGUCAUGUGUCCCUUUGUCUACCCACUGGGGGAAGGUCACAGUGGUGGGAGACCAUCCCUGCAUCGCUACAGCCGUGCAUGCAACCGAGUCUUUAUGUCUGUGUGUCAGGAGUUCUUGUUCCGCCUCGUGUGGCGGUGGGGUCCGUCAGCGGAUCCGGGAAGUGCUGUCUGUCACCGGCGAUCGGGACUGCACGCCACCCGCACAGCCCCUUCAGGACAUAGAGGUGAGACAGACAUGUUUGUGCUGGCCACCACAGGUGCAGUACAAAAAUGAGGUCUAUGUGUGUGGUCAGAUAUGCAACACGGCCAGCUGCAGUCCCGACUGCAAGCUUGGCGGCUGGGGCAACUUCUCGCUCUGCGACAAAUCUUGUGGAGGGGGAUUCCAGUUUUCAAAGAGGUAAUUGACGACGCACACAGACGCGAGACGCACAUAUGGGCCCCUCUUAUUUAUCUCGUGCAGGCCUGUGAUUGAGGAGGCACGAAGUGGCGGCAGCUGUCCAGGGCCCCGAGCACACGAGCGGCUGAAGCGUCGGCCAUGCAACCAACAUCCCUGCCAGGACUCCAUCAAAUGCGCCACUGAAAUGGACCUCGUCGUUCUGGUGAGUGACCUGAGAGCGAGACGCGACUUUUGCAGCCCACCAUCUGUUCCGCCAUGAUGUAUGCAUGUGUGGGUGCAGGUGGAUGGGUCUGCCUCGAUGACUGCCGGCGGCUUCUCUGCUGUCAAGGGCUUCCUCAAGACCCUCAUCGGCAGAAUGACUCUCAGCGGCAAACACGUCAAGGUACGCACGCAUCAGAAGCACAGGCCAGCUGCGUCGCGGCAUUGCUCUCUCCAUCUGGAUGCAGGCGGGUUUGGUGCUCUUCCACGAUAUGGGGGUGGUUGCGUCCGGCCUCACUGCUGACGAGGCUGCUUUGAAGACGGCUGUGGGCAACCUGGACUUCCCUGCGUGGACGAGCAACCUCGCCCAGGCCAUGGAGAUGACGCAGCCCAUUUUGAUGGAGGGAAGGUCUGAAGCUGUGUCGGCCGUCUUGGUCAUCACCGACGGCAAAACCAACGACGCGUGGCUGACCAAACAGGUCCACUCCACACACACACGGAUGGAUGGAUGUAGCUGCGGAAAUGUGAUGUCUCUUCCCUUCUACCCUCCGUGUUUAUGUCUGGUCCAGGCGUCAGGGCGUCUGAGGCAGCGGGGUGUGCGGGUGGCGUCCCUCAUCAUUGGAAACGACGCACCACAGGUAAACACGAGGACUCUCUUACACAGAGGGCAACAGGGGGCGUCUUGUGUGCUGGUUGCCGGCUGGGAUGUGUGUAGGAAGAGGUCAGCGCUUGGGUGUCGUACCCCUCAUCACACAACAUCGUUAUCGCUCCGGCGUUCGAGGACCUGGCGAGGAAAGAGCUGGUGACCAACCUGAUAGCCAAUCUGUGCCCCGUCGUCACGUCAUAGCUCUAUCGGCACCGACACAGCUGGUACACUCAGACUUUUACUCGCCUCUGGUCAGCCGGUCAUUGUCGUCGAUCGCAGAGACACCUGUCCUGUCAGCGGGUCAUCAAUUGUUUUGAAGUUGGGUGCAUGUGUGUGAUGGAUGGAUGGACAGACAUUCGUGUAGGGAAUGAAUCGAUGGUAGGGUGGCUAUGUGGC